CAUCGUCCUGGGGGUGGAAACCGUCUGCCUCCUCUGUGUCUGUAGCAUCACAGGGAAGCUGAGAAGUGCUGAGUCUGAGGGACUGGAGUGAACUGGGGGUGUGUGAAGGGCAACACAGGCGGGCAGGAGCCGUCUCCUUCAGUCUCUAUGUGUUUUAGGAAGAAAGCAGCAAACCACGCCUCCAGUUGGUCACUGCUUAGUGGCUAUAGCUUUAUAAAUACAGGGAGAACAUCUCCCAAGGAACAGAGAAUAGUGUUGAAUUGAAAGACACUUGUGCUCCUCAGGGUGGGAAGGGGACCUCAGAUGAGCUCUCUAUUACAAAACAGAAGGCCACCUUGGCCAACUUAAUAGGCAAAUAGGUUGCUGUGACAGGGCACGUGAACCCUGGUCAGUGUGCUGGUAAGGCACACUGACUGACCAGCAAUAACGGUGGCUAACUUAUUUUUUACAGAAAGUAAAGAAAGUACAGAAAGUGAAUGUAUAAAAAAAUAUAGUGAGGUUCUAGAUUUGAGUCUAGUUCCAAGGCUGAGAUGGCAGCCUUGGACUGUAUUUUUCACAGUGAUAUUUAAUCAAUACAAGAAGCCAAGGUGCUGUAGGUGAAGUACAGCUAGCUGGGAUCAAGAGGUGAUUGUGUAUCUUAAUGCACUAUGGAAUAAACAAGGAAUCAGCUGGUUGAUGUUUGCUAUGACUGGGAAAGCUAUGACCAGGGGAUACUGAGACUGCUGGUGUUUCUGCUUUGCCCUGGCACUAGCUAAGUCUCCUUUGGGGACAGAGGGUGAAGAAGUCAGGCUGGUGUGCAUGGAAAAAUGGAUUACAGUCCUGUGUGUUAGAUGUUUAAAUCACCGGGGCAGGGGAAAUUCUGUCCAGAGUAGCUGUGGGAAUUGGCUGAGGCAAUUUCCAAUGUUGCCAAACGACCCAGGCAGCAUGCAUGGGGCUGAUGCCCUUCUAAGGAAGCUUGAAAAGGGCAAAUGCUGCCUGAGUCUGCACGACGUCGAAUCAACUGACUUGCACAUCAGUUGUCCUUUCUCUGGAACAGUUGAGUUCGGGAAUUCAUUUUUUAGCCUUUUUUUUCUCCUAUCUCUCUCCAUGUUGGAGGUAGCAGAGGUUACAGAUGGGCUCAGAUUAUGGCUGUGUGCUUUGAAGCGAUGCCCUUCCAGUGGCAACACCAAUGCUGCUCCUGGAGGGAUGCGGAACCCCCUGCUUCUCUCCCCUGCUGGUCUUUCAGGUCACCUUCUAUGAAGACAAGAAUUUCCUGGGUCGUCGCUACGAGUGCGACGCCGACUGCCCUGAUUUCCACACCUACCUGAACCGCUGCAACUCCAUCCGGGUGGAGGGAGGCACCUGGGUGGCCUAUGAGAGGCCCAACUAUUCAGGGAACAUGUAUGUGCUGAGGCGGGGGGAGUAUCCUGACUACCACCACUGGAUGGGCCUCAAUGACCGCCUCGGCUCCUGCAAAGCUGUCCACAUACCAAGUGGAGCCCAGGGCCACAUCCAGGUGUUUGAGAAGGGGGAUUUCGGUGGGCAGAUGUUUGAAGCCACUGAAGACUGCCCUUCCAUCCUGGAGGAGUGCCACUUUCGUGAGGUCCACGCCUGCCGGGUGCUGGAGGGCAUCUGGGUGUUUUAUGAGCACCCCAACUACCGGGGCAGGCAGUACCUGCUGCCCAAGGGCGAGUACCGGCAGCCAGUGGAAUGGGGAGCAGUGACCCCUGCCGUCCAGUCCUUCCGCAGCAUUGCUGAGUGAAUGGUGGGGAGCUGGGCCCCCAAUAAAGCACUUGAGUCACUCAGAAGCUCUGUCCCACUUUUUCCCCCAUGUGUGAACCUGUUAGCCAGGUGCUUUCUUUGGGCAGAACAGUCUCCACCAGCUCCCACUGCCUCCAACUCUGGUCUCCAGCUCUGCAAUGGGCAGAGACUCUGGAGAAUGGGGGUUGCUGGGCAUCCUGACUGUAUUAGAACCACUAAAAUAGGGAAGUUAGAAGAGGAUAAAGAGGUUGGACGUGGACAGAGAUAAUGAACACCUCUCAAAACUGAGUUCUGAGAUUGCUGCUGGAUGUUCCCAAAGAGCAGCAGAGGAUAGGAAGCAGUGAGUCCCUAGGCCCUGGAGACAUGCACUGAGCAGAAGGAGCCACCAGGCUCCCAGUCGUCCCACAGUUUGGAACAUCUGCUUUGCCCCGUGCCACUAGAUGUCAGGCUGGUUGUGCCCAUGCAGGAAGCAGUGAUGCAAGUCCCUCCUCGUGGGAACUCCAGCCUGUUUGCAUGUGGAGCAGAGGGACCCCAGGCUAAUGAUGGCAGUGGAAGCAGAGCCCUUGCAGCCAUGCUCCCCAGUCUCCUUGGUUGAUGUAUGAGGUUAUUACAGAGCAGGGAGGCA